AUGCGGAGGCCUGCGCCUCGAGGUCGAGUGCGGGCGCGAUGGGCGCCUCGCAGGGUGCCGUCGUGGAUCACACGCGGAUCUCGUCGCCCUGCCCUCGCCAACCUCAACGGCGCGCGGGUCGCGCACGUCGACCUGGACCUCGGAGUGGACUUCGCCUCGCAGGUGAUCUCGGGGACGGCGCGUCUGAGAGCCGCUGCCGUGGCGGACGGCGUCGCGGAGCUGGUGCUCGACACGCGGGGCCUCGCCAUCGAUCGGGUCCGGUCUGGCGACGGGGCGGACCUCGAGUUCACGCUGUCCGAGGCGCACGAGGCGCUCGGUGCAGCGCUGGAGGUCACACUGCCAAGGUCUCUGUCGAAGGGGGAGGAGUUUGCCGUGGUGGUCUCUUUCAGCACCUCUCCCAGCAGCACAGCUGUUCAGUUUCUGGAGCCUGCCCAGACGGCCGGCGGCAAAUACCCUUAUUUGUUUACGCAGUGCCAGGCGAUCCAUGCCAGAUCUCUGUUUCCAUGCCAAGAUGCGCCCGCUGCAAAGAUGACAUACACUGCCAGGGUGGUUGUACCAUCCCCUCUCACCGCUCUCAUGUCUGCAGUACCACGGGAUGACGGCAGGCCCGUCGCCGAGCACGGAGCAACGCGGACAUUCGCUUUCGACCAGGCAGUCAGAUCCCGUCCUAUUUGUUCGCCUUAG